GGCAGGAAUUAGUCCAUCUAGAGUACUCAACUGCCAUUGCAAGGAAGAGCUUUAUUUAACCCAUUAUGGGGAAUUUGAAGCAUUUGAAGCUCUUCGUUCCGCUGUUUUUCUGCACCAUCGUCUUUACAUAUGCUCAGGAUGAUGAAACAGUAUGUCUUUUGGCUAAAAGGUACAAGAGCUUUCAGAAGUAUGAGUACCUCUAUGAAGCUGAGACUUUGAACACACUGAAUGGAGCAAUCAACGGACCUAAACUCAGCUGCAAGGUCGAGAUUGAGGUUCCUGGCACAUGCCACUUCAUUGUGCACACCAAGGAGUGCACACUGAGUGAGGUCAUCAAUGUUGAUGCAGAUGGAAACGCAGUCUUUGGACCCACUGCUGGUGCUGAGACUUUCAAGGCUCAAAUGGAGAAGAACCCAUUAAAGGUCAUUGUAGAAGGUGACAAUGACAUCAAGCUCUUUCCUGAGGAUGAUGAGCUAAUCAACAUCCUGAACAUCAAGAGAGGUAUCAUCUCUGCCCUGGCUGUGCCUGUGCUCCAAGAAGAAAAGAAUAAGAAAAUGCCUACCAUCUAUGGUCUGUGUAAGACUGAUUACACUGUGAACACCAGGGAAGAUAUUGCCACUGAUGUGACCCUCAACAGGGACUUGUCUAGAUGUGACCAGUUCAGGCCAAUCAGGGACCACACCAGCCCCCUGGCUAUCAUUACAGGCAUGCACUACCCACUUGCUCAGUUGAUCAGAAGCAAACAGACUUGCAGCUACAAAUUUGACAAUGAGCAGAAACACAUGACCUCUGGUGUUUGCACUGAGGACCACCUGCUUGUGCCCUUUUCUUAUAAGGGGAGGUACGGAGUUACCAGUGUUGGCAAACAGACCCUGUCUCUGUUGGGACUGACUGAGUACAACGAAAGAGUGUUUGAUCACAAAGAGGCCAACAUGAAGACCCUGCACCUUGAUGAGAGUGUUGAUAUGAGCCCGAAUCAAGAUGAAAAUGCCAUCCUUGUUGUUCUGAGGGAGCUGUCCGGCCUUUCCCACACCGCCAAUGGACAAAAGAGAGCACACCUGGCUUACAAGCUUGUAGCUGUGAUCCGCAAGAUGAAUGCUGAUACGCUGUCUGCCGCUUUGCCAGAGGCUCUGGAAAUAUCUCCUUCCCUGACCUACCAGGCUCUGUUCCAGUGUGGCACCCCAGAGUGCAGCAGUGCCUUGAUGCAAGUCCUCAGGACCUUCAAAAGUUCAGCCACUGAAAUUGACGCUGCAGUCUAUGCCAUUGGUAUGGUGCCCAACCCCUCUCGUGUGCUUGUCAAGGAAAUGCUGGAGAUGGCCAAGUUUAAGUCAAGCAAACUCAUUUACUAUGCUACCAGCAAUGCUGUUAGGAGGCUCUAUAAGGCAGAAGGAAGAGUCACCCCUGAAAUCCAGGCAGUGGCAGAUUAUACCCUUGAAAAUAUUGGGGACUGCACAGGUGACCAGGAGCAUAUCUAUCUGACCCUAAGGGUAAUUGGAAAUAUGGCUGAAGCUGUGGGUGCUGCAAGUCCUGCCCUGAAGUCAGCUGUGAUUCAGUGCAUUAACCAACCUGCUGCCUCCACCGAGGUUCAGCAAGCAGCCAUCCAGGUCUUCAGACUGACCCCCAUCCCUGAAGAGGGCAGAACAGUGCUAAUGCAGGUUCUCCUUGAUGGAGCAGCUCCUGUGCAGAAGCGUAUUGCUGCUUACCUCAUCCUGAUGAAGGGUCCUCAGCCUGCCGAACUUGCACAGUUGACCGUAGCUCUACCCAAUGAAGAAAACCUGCAGGUCAAGAGCUUUGUAAUAUCUCAUCUUACCAACAUUCUGAGCUCUACUGCACAAGACACCAAAGAACUGAGGCAGAAAAUUCUUGACACCCUUCAAGGCAAUGAGGUUGGAAAUCUCAUGGAUGCCACUAAGUUUUCUCGUAACUACAAGAUUGGAUCUCUGGAGGGAAACAUGAUCUUUGACAGAGAAAACAAACUGCCUACAGAAGUCAUGCUUGAAAUGACCCUUAAUGCUUUCGGAUAUGACAUUGACAUGGUUGAGGUUGGUAUGGAGGGUAAGGGACUUGAGCCAACUGUUGAGGCUUUGUUUGGACCUAAUGGUUUCUUUCCUGAUACUGUGAUGAAGACUAUUUACUAUGCUACUGAUAAGAUGCCUUCCCAAGUUAAUGAGAUCCUCAAGACCGUGAUCCCAGCCUUGAAUGACAGAAAAAAGAGACAGGGACCCAAAAAUAUCAUCAAAGAAAUCGGCAAAAAUGUUGACAAGCUAAUGAAGAAUCUGAAGUCCCAAGAUGCCCCUGAAGCCAUGCUCUACCUGAGGUUGCUAGGUGCUGAGCUUGGUUAUCUUAAAACCAAAGAUUUGGAAGAAAUGGCCUACUCUGUGACACAGGUGGCUGAAAACCUCCUGAGGAUGUUCCCCACUGAUUUUGUCAAGAACCUGUUCUCAAGUGCUGACAAUGAGCUUUUCCUUCAUUACAUCUUCAUGGACAAUGAGUUCUACCUGCCUACUGGUCCUGGUCUUCCACUGAGGGUGGCUUUGUCUGGUACCUUUACACCUGGUGUUAAAGGAGGACUCAGAAUUAGCCCAGAUAUGAGUGAGAUUGCUUUUAUGCCUUCUGCUGGUGUUGAAUUUGUGACUGAAAUUGGUGCUCACCUCCCGGACUACGUUCAAUCUGGCCUGGAGAUGCACACCAACAUCUACCAUGAGAGUGGUAUGAGAGCUAAAGUUGCCAUAACCCACAAUCAGAUCAAGCUGACCAUCCCUGCUCCUGAAAGUCCAGUUAAGGUUCUCAGCGUGAGCAACUCCAUGGUGUCUGUCGCUGGUGAUAAAACUAAAACCAUUCCUGCUAUGAUGGACCAUACUGAUGUGAAUGAAUGCACACCUCUCUUCCCUGGUGUGAAAUACUGCAGUGCACUUCAGUACUCAGAUGCCAUGUUCAACGAUGCCUCCCCAUACUUCCCUCUUUCUGGUGAUAGCAAGUUUGCUAUUGAGCUGCAUCCCACAGCUGAUGUCUCUGAGUACACAGCCACUAUUAACUAUGCACAUAAGGACAACAAUGACAAAGUCACAUUUGGUAUAAAAGCUGAAGGAACGACUUUUGAGGCCACAUCCAAGGUCACGUUAAACAGAAAGGCAUAUACUGUUUCUGCUGAACUCCAAAUCCCUGACUAUGAUAUUGAGGCUGGGGUUAGAAUUGGUGCUGCAGACCCAAGCACUAAGGACAAAGGCACACAUUCCAUCCAGAUUGACUUCAUCAACAAGAACAUCCCUCAGGCAUCUCUGGUUGGCCUGGCGAAGAUUGAGGCAAUGAAAGAUGCUCUGCUGCAGGUUCAGUUGCUUGUCCCAUCUCUUGAGGCUGAUGCAAAAGUGACUGCCAGUUUAAAGCGUGAAGAACAACUGACGCUGGAGCUUGAAAGUGAUCUCAAGUUUCUUGAUACAUCCUCUGUGCAGAAACUCAUCCUAAAAUAUGAUCCUGACAAAGUUGAAGCUCAGAUUAAGUCAGAUGUCAGCUCUAAAACACAGAACAUUGUUUCCAAACUUGACACCAUCAAGACAGAUAUAAGAGGCCUCUUCGAACACUAUAUUGGUCAGACUAAAACAAAGGUCUGUGAUGUUUUAGCCUCGUCAGUUGAGGCCACAAAUUCCUAUAUUGAAGCUUCUAAGAUCCCAUAUGUGGAAAACCUAAGGGUUCCUUCCCUCCCUGAGUUUGAGGUGCCUGAAACGCUGUUUUUAAAUAUUGAGGCAGAUGUGAAGUACAACUUUGGAAAGGAUUACUACACCAUCACCCUGCCAGUGCCUCUUGGUGGCAAAUCGUCCAAGGAUCUGAACUUUCCUCCUGCUCUCACCACACCAAAUCUGGCUGUGCCUCAGCUUGGUCUAAAGAUUGCCUCUAUUAAAGUUCCACUGCCUGAGGUCUUUGUUCCUAAGACCCUGACUUUUUAUCUGCCCACGCUUGGAAAGGCAGAAGUGGCCAGUAAGCUUCGCAGCAACCUCUACAAUCUGGAGGCAAAUGUGUCUGCUGGUAGAGAUUCUGAUGAACAUCAAAGCUAUUCUGCUAGAGUUGGUGUAACUGGAUCUGGCCCUGUAGAUCUCCUCUCCCUUGGAAUUGAAGGAUCAGCCUUCAUUACUGGAACAAUGACUGAUACAAUAAGGGCAGAGAUGAACACUGCUGUCAAUCACAAGCUCAUUAAUGCCAGAAUCAACAUUGCUGAAGAAAUACAACUGAAGGAGAAAAUCAGUAUAAAAUCAAGCAGCAAGCUUGAAGCCACCAGUCCCUUCAAUGUAAAGUUUUCUCUGGAACAUACAGGCCAAGCGGGAGUCAGUACAGAAGAGAUCUCUGGAGAUAGCCACUUUAAAGGAUCCUUUGUGACUGGUCCUAUUGACGGUGAUGUCACCCUCACACAGUCACUUGCUCUCUUCCCAUUUAAGCCAGAGGCAAGAAUUGAUUCGACAUUAGAAGUUAGUCCUUUCCAGGCUCAGAACAAAAUUGUAGCAAGCUUUGUUAAUGGAGAGCUAUCAGUUGUAUCAAACUCAGCUGCAUUUGAGGAUAUGCUGACACACAAUGCUGAAGUUACUCUCAUGAGAUCAAAGUGUGCUCUUAAAUCAGAGGCAUUGGUUCUGGGGCUGAAAAUACGUAAUAAUGCUGAAGCAAACCUUGGUGCUGAAGACAUCAGCAUCAAAAUUGAAACAACAUCCAGUCAUUCUGAAGACCAUAUUAACUCCCUGAUUGUUGCAACUCUCAAUAUUAAUGGUCUGACUGUAAACAGUGAUGCAUCUGUGAAGCUAGCUGAACACACAGCUACUCACCAAGCCACUGUGACCUUGGACAAUAAUGGCCUGGCUACCAGUGGCACCACAUCAGUGGAUAGCCUGCUUACUCUUAAGAAUACCUUCAAUGGUAUCCUUCAUUCUUCUAAAUUUUCUCUAUCAGCUGAGACAAAAGGAAAUUUUAAAGACAUGGCUAUUGAUAAUACCAACUCCAUAUCUUCCACAAUGUUUUCCAUAGAUUUAACUUCUAAGUCUCGAGUUGACUUUGCCCAGGAUAUAUGGUACAUAUAUGACAUCUCAGUUCAGGCAGAACCUUACACUGCAACUGCUGGUGUGACAAGUCAUUUGAAGCUUGCCUCUGAUAUAGAGCUGAAAAACACGUGUGAAAUCAAACUUGCAGAUCUGACUGGAAAUGCUAAGUGCAGUACAACUGGAAAACUCGUUGGAGCUCACAUGAGUCAUGACACUGAGAUGGAGAUUGUUGGACUUGGUGUAAGAAUGAACAAUAAUGCACGCUUCAGUUCCCAACUUCUUCGCUUCUCCACCACCCUUCAGGCCAGUGCUGCUCCAUUCACCUUUAAUUUGCAUGCCCUUGCCAAUGGUGAUGGGGAGCUGUAUCUGUACGGAAAACAUAGUGCCCAGGUGUACACCAAAGUCCUUCUAAAGGCAGAGCCACUUGCUCUUGCCCACUCCCAUGAAUGUAGGUUAUCAACUACACAUGAAUUGAACAAUAAUGUGAUUUUUGAGGCCAACUUUGAUAAAAAGGUUGACACCCAACUGUCACUUUCUGAGCAAUCAGCAACAGUAACAGUAAGGUCUAAAAUAAACAACAAUGUAUUCAACCAAGAACUCAAUGCUUAUAACAACCACAAUAAGAUUGGACUGGAAGUGGCUGGAGUAGUCACAUUUAGAGAAAGCCAAGAUUUCUCUAUGUCAGCUCUAAUCCAGUAUGAUAAGAACACAGAGGGUCAUGUUAUCAACCUGCCACUUCUGGAAAGUCUGCCUGCAGUCUUGGAAAACCUCAAAAUCACAUCUGUGACUCUCAUUGAGGCACUUCAGGAUUACAUAAAAAGAGAGGAAUUUAUUGUUAAGAUUCAGACCCUUCUACAGCACUUCACUGAUACUGUAACUGAAUUUAAUCUUGAAGGAAAAGUUGACCAGCUUAAAAGGAGCCUGAUUACAUUUGUUCACAACUGUCCAAUCACUACAGAGGAGCUGGAGGCUGCUGUGAGUAAACUGAGGACUGUCACACUGAAGGCUAUGGCUGAGUUAAGUACUCGUGUCAGUGAAGUACAGGAAUUGAUUUUGAGUGGUGCCCUAUCUGACACAGUUAUGCAGAAGGUAACUUCAUUCACUGAACAAUAUGACAUCAGGAGUAUGCUCCUUGCUGUCAUUGAAGCCAUUGAAAAUGUGAUUAAGCAGAUUGAUAUGACUAAACUGGAAGACAGCAGCAUUCCUGUAUUCUAUGAUAUUGAAAAACUGAAUGUCAUUAAAUUGCAUCUACAGCAGUAUGUGACAGACCUGAAGAAUGUGGUCGCAGAUUUUGAUAAGGCUCAGUUUGUGGACAAAAUGCAAAACAUCAUUAAAACAACUGAGAUAUACACAGAGCAUCUGCUUGCCAAAUUUUCCAGAGAAGAUAUCAGCAAGAUUGCUGAUACACUAAAGCAGCUAAUCACUGAACUGGACAUCAUUGGCAGGUGUAAAGUUAUCUACAGCAACUUUAGAGAAGUUCUCAUGAAAUAUGAGCUUGACAAGAGGACUGAAGAAUUUUUGGAUAAGCUUCUGGAACUCAUCAAACAGUUCAAAAUUGAUGAAACAAUCCAAGUCCUUGGUAACACUCUGAAAUCAAUUCACAUUCCUUUCCCACACAUGCUGGAUGAUGCCCUCACCUACCUGAAGACAACUGACAUAAAGGAGAUUAUUGAUGAUUUGAACAAAUUAAUUGAGGCUUUUGUUAAAUCAGUGAAGUCAUUUGAAUACAAUGCAUUCGUAGACAAGGCUAAUCAAAAACUCAGUGAGUUUACAACAGAACUUAACAACCUUAUUGUGUCACUUGAGCUUCCCCAGAAACUUGAGGCAACUAGAGAAUUCAUUAACCAUGCGCUGUCAUCUAUGUCUUCUUUCUUGGAAGAGCUAAAAUCAGCCAAAGUCUCAGACGUCAUAAAAACAGUGAAAAAUCUCAUUGACACUCUUGUCCUUAAUGACAUUAAGACAAUUGCUGAGAAGGUCAAGCAGGACAUUAUUGAUAUGGACAUCAGAGGAGAACUGCUACAGGCUUUGCAGAAAGUGAGUGAUAUCUAUAACAAGGUUUUGUCUGUACUCACUAAUGCAUUUAAUGACUAUGUUGAAGUGGCCACAAAAGUCCUUGGUGAUCAACAAAUUGUAACAGAACUGAAGCAAAUCAUUGACAAUAUUGUAAAAGCCCUCAAGACUUCUGAAAUUGAGAUACCUUCCUUCACUGUCCCACUGACUGACCUGGUUCUUCCUCCCAGGAAAUUCAGUUUGCAGCAACUUCAGGAGGCUGAGUUCCCUGUACAGUUUAACCUUCCACAGUUCACCAUUCUGGGAUCCUACACUGUCCCAGCAAUCACCAUCACUUAUGAUGAUAUCAAACAAAGACUCAUAGAACUUGCUGACUUCGUUAUCAACUUUAAUAUUGAGAUAUUUGAUAAUAAUGUUUACAUUGGAAAACUCACAGUGAACUUGCCUGACCUCUCGACCUUCAGACUGCCAGUGGUUACUUUACCACAUAUUUCCUUGCCUGCCAUCCCUAAAUUAAACGAUAACCACAUUCUUGACAUCCCUCUUCAAAUUCCUGAGAUCAAGCUGCCAAAAAUCCCCAAUACACUGACUUUGCCUGCGCUUGGAAAGCUCCAUGGCAGGAUCAGGGUCAGCAGCCCCAUUUAUGCCCUGAGCACAUCUGUUGAAGUUCGAAAUUCCACUGACAGUGAACAAAUGCAUCAAUUUAUAGCACUUAUUAAUUCUGUGGGGGAAUCUUCAAGCUUUAAGAUUCUAAACUAUAAUCUAGAUGCCACUAUGCGCAUUGGUCUACCAAGAAUGAGCCGUGUGAUUAUUGCUGAUACUCUAAAGUUCAUACAUAGUGCCGUUAUGGUUGAACACCAGGCCUCAGUAACAUUAUAUGGCCUCUCUGCCCAGGCCACUGCCCAAACAACUGUGAGAGUGACUACCACACCCUACACAGCAGACAUCAUUAACAAAGCUUUCUUUGCAGUGGAAGGUGGAAUGUCAGGGUCUUUUGAUACAUCUUACAAGCACCGAGUGAACAUUCCCUUCCUAUCACUGACCAAUGAGGCUGCUCUGACCCAGUCAGCAUUAGUUUUCCAGAAGGAUGCCACAAUUCAGCUGAAAGUUGGAAAUGCAGGCACGGGAACAUUUGCUCUUUCUGGCUACUCUGAUGAGGUCACCCACAAGAGUGACCUGCUCUGCAUUAUUGCACCAACAAGUGUUAAAUUGACCUUUACUGGUGACACAGACAGUGCCGUCCUAAAGUUCAAAGAGGCAUUGAAUGUUGAGGCAGUUGCCCUUAGCCAUAUUGACUUCAGUGGCAGAAUAGAGACUCAAUCUCUAUUCAUCAAAAACAGUAUAAUGGCAGCAUCUGGAAAGGCUCACCUUGGUAGUAUGAAGGUCGAAGUGGAAGCAACACAUGACACAGAGCUUACGGGAGCUGUAAGUGGUUCUCUGUCCAAUGCUGUUAACAUCAAGGUCCAACCUAUUGAAGUCAUUGUUGAUAUCCAGAACAAGGGCAAUGGCAAAGUAAGUCUCCAAGAGCCCCUUUCCACCAAAUUUGAUCUUCAGAACGACUAUGCUUUAAUUCUCAACUCCAAGAAGCAGCAUAUUAACACUGCAGCACUUUUGCGCUUCGGCCAGAACAAAUACAGCUAUAACUUCACAGUAGACAACAACAAUGUUGAGACAGGAAUUUACACUGCUGUAAAUGGUGAGGCUGACCUGGAGUUCCUAACUGUUCCGAUUAGCAUUCCAGAAAUUGUUAUACCAGUCAUUGAUUUAACAAUCCCAGCCAUCAAUGAUGUCAACUUGUAUGAGAGUAGUGGCCUUAAGUACCUUUAUACAACCAAGCCGACUGUUGAUGUAAAUGCAAAAAUUGUGUACCAAAAGAGCAGGUCUGCACCAGUCAUUGAUCUUGGUUUCAUUAGUGUUCCUGCUGUAGGCAACUUAAUCUCUGAGAUGUCUUUCAAGACUUCUAUUAUCAACCUAAUUACCAGUGUUGGAAUAUAUGGAGAUAAUGACCUUGUCAUCCGCAUUGCUGCUACGUCUACCUCUGUGUUUGAAGAAUUGAAGGCCAAACUUGAGGGUACAAGCAGCCUCACCUUAAAGAGAGGAUUGAAACUGGCUAAUGCUUUAUCUCUGAAGAAUGCUUACAUUGAAGGAACCCAUAACAGCACUUUGACAGUGAACACAGAAAAUUUGGAUGCUGCAGCAGCAGUGACCACGGUUGCAAACAUGAAUCUGCCCAUCCUUAGCAUUGAAGUUAACCACAAGCUGCUUGCAGACACCAAAACCCAUCCAAAUGCAGCAUCUACACUAACAAUCAAACAAAAAUUUGACCUUCCCAUUAUUAAGGCUGUUGGUGGUGGUGCUGUUGAACACACUUUGAAGGUAGAUGGAGUUGCUCCCUACAUUUCUAUUGAGUCCACCACAAAGGGUAUGAUUGAUGGAAUGUUUCUGGAAACUGGCAUUGUGAAGGGAGAUUUGGAUAAUGAGGCAACCAUGCACAUGACUGGUGAAGUACUGCGUUCCAAACUGAAGACUAUUUGUAAUGUAAAUGUUAAUCAUGGGGAUCUCAAAGUAGAGUUUGAUGUCAAUGAAAACUUUGACAUGGAGUCAACACUUACCCGUGUGUACACUGUCAUGAAUAUCAUUUCCAACAAUGAAGUCAACAUUGCCACAUUCAACACAAAGGGUAAGCAUGCUGUCAAAGCUACUGUUGAUUUGGCUCCAGUGAGCUCCCUUGUUGCCGAUGUAGAAUUUGACCUGUCUCAACCAACCUCCCUUGGUGACUUCACCAUCUACGAGAAGACAGUUGUUGACAUGACUCUCUUCAGGCAGAAGAUCUCCUAUAGCACAAAAAUGGUCUCUCCAGUGUAUAGCACAAAUAUUGUGGUUGAGAUGGAAAGUGAUGCCCCAAUCUUCAAAGUUGUUUUCAAAUCCUCAUCCAAGUCUCCAGUUGUACUUCUGGAAUAUGAUCUUGACAGUUAUCUCAGUACUGCUGUGGAAAAUGAAGUCCUCAAUGCCAGAGCUAAGGCUUUCCUUGAACAUAAUGAUUUCACCAUAGACUUCAACAGUAUUUUUACACCAAGUGAUCCCAGCCAUACCCUGAAUUUUGACAUCACCAGCCCAACUUUUACUGAUGUGAACCUUCGUUAUGCUGCUAAGAGAGAGGGAGUGACUGCUUCAAUUUCCUCACCAUCAGCCGGCUUCCUUGGUUUUCAGCUCCAGGGCAAGAUUCCAUCUCAAUUGACUUCACGCCUCUAUGGUCAUUAUGUGUCUGCACCUGAAAAUGAUAUUGAUAUCCUGAUUGUAAAUGUUGCUGCAAAUGGAGGUGAAAAAAUACAUUUCCAGGCUGACUGCAACCUGGAAGCACCCAAAGAGAUGCUCCUUGGCCUGAAAGAGAGAUUGCCUUUCAUCACAUCUACUAUUACCAAUUUUGCAGAAAAAUAUGGUAUUCUUGGUGCCAUCAAUGGACUGAAGACAGCUCUUGUCAGUGCCCUAACUGAAGCCUACACUAUUUCAUACAAUCAUGCUCCCGAUCUUAGCCAGCUUUCUGUUUUAUUCAGAAAUGUUGUUGUUCAGCACCAGAAGGCCAUUCAGCAACUACUUAAUGCUGUUGUCACCUUCCUGAGGGAGACUCAGAUUAAGCUGCCUGGUAUCAAGCAAACUACACUGCCUGAGAUCUGCCAGCAAAUCAAAACCAGCAUUGCUGUAUUGUUUGAAGAAGUUAUUAAUGCAAUCACUAAUGCAAUCACUGACAACCUAAAAGCCCAUUUCUCAUCCACUGUUAAGACUAUCAGGAUAGUCCUGCCUAAUGGUGAGACCUUAACUGGAGAUGAAAUCCUUGGUUAUAUGGAAAAUGCCCUGACCCACAGUGUGAAUAUGAUAAAGCAGCUGGAGAGUCUUGAUGUGAUUCUUGAGAAGCUGGGUCAAGCCCUGCAAGAGGCUGUUGAGAAAACACAGGAAUUCAUUGACAUGAUCCAGUCUGAUUUCCUUGAUAAAGUUGCUGCAAAAAUCAACACAUUAUACACUAAUAACAUUAGAUUAGUCAACAGCAUGAUUGAGGAAAUUAAUAGUUUGCUGAACACUGAUAGCUUGAAUGUCUUUGUUGAUAGGUGCAUGGGUUUGGUCUUAUUCAUGGUGAAGGAGUUCAAAAAUAUUGUCUCUAGAGUUUUUCCAACAGAUCCAGAGGCCCUGGUUAAUGUUCACAAUGGAAGGCUAAAAAUGGACAUUUCUUUUCCCUUCUAUCAGUAAUCUGUCACUUUGGGGAAAAAAAAAAUUAUGAAACAUAUGAAACACUACCAACUGCUGCUGAAACUACACUAAAUCAAACAAAAUUUCAACAUACAUUUAAAGCAGCCAGAACUCUCUUGCACACAUGAUUAAUAUCCCACUGCAUUAUUUUUUUGUGCAAGUGUAGUGGGUCUGGACCGGGACGCAGUCAUACAAAGACCACACAGAAUGAGAUCCAGCUCUGGCUUUAAUCUGCAACAGGAGAACUAAUUAGUGGAUCACAGGCGACAGCUUCUCCCUCUCCGGUAUACACAGAGUUGUAUGCGGGGAGAAGCAUCGGUACAUGCAUUCAUUAGCCUCUUAACAGGUAGACUGAGGCUAUUACAUAAUCAAUUAAACAAAAAAACUGAAAUACAUGUAAAUAAAAAAACUGAUCACAA